CUUCGCUUGUCAUUCCAACUUAACCCUUUGGACGUAUAUGUUGAAGCGGUGCCGUAGGUCGGCUUGCUUCGACAUUCUAAUGCGCUUGCCUGUACGGCACUUACAUCAUCUUCCCUCGCUGCGCCUUGGUGGGGAGUCUUCCGGAUUGAGCGGCAUCAUUUGUCCGGCACCUUGCGACAUGUACUCAUGGAAGGACAGAAGCUUGACAACAUGAUAAGCGGAUUGUAGUUCUCCCCACCCGCCACCUCCCUCACCUACAUUGACUCCUUCGAGUGAUUCGCAUAAGCUUCCAGCAUGGCCGACCUCCACAAUGCACUCAAGUCGCUAGGUCCCGUGCAAUGGUCCGACGUACCUCUCGACAACCUACCGCAGUAUAUGCGAGACCAUUUCACAACUGGCGAGCUAAUCUGCAACUCCGUCCCACCUCUUCCUCAGGGUGAACCAUUCCACUCCGCCCAACCGCACCACAACCGUCCCAAUGCUGCCAAGUCUGCCGCGGAACUCCAUGUCUCUACCGUGCAAGCAUAUCCUCCUUGCAAGGAGCAUAAGGACCUGCAGAGCCAAUGGGGCAAACCCAUGAAGUUCAGCGCCGACAAGAAUCCACUCGCUGUCAACCUGUACAAGAUGGCAGGGCAUGACCGGCACGGAGCAUGGUUUGCGCGGCGCAGUGUGCACGAGGGUAUAGGGUUUGACAAGUUCCGCAAAGCGAUGAUCCGCGAGUUCCCGCAUACCAUGACCGUGCAAGGCGGACCGGGAGCGGGCGCAGUCAGAGGGUUGGCUGGAGACAGGAGGAUAGAGAUGCGGAACGUGGACGGAGUGGGUACGCUGCAGGUGUAUCAGCUCAGUGGACAGAUGCCUCCGCCCGUCACACCGAGGGACUUUGUGCCGUUGCUCAUGACGACUGAGUCUGGGCUGUCGGAGAAGAGUGGAUUGGAGGUUGAGCAGGGCAAGAAGCAUGUGCCGAGGAGCUUCAUGAUAGUAUCGAAGCCGCUCGAGCACCCGGAUGCGCCGGAACGGUCGAGCUUUGUGCGAGGACAGUACGAGUCCGUGGAGCUGAUCAGGGAGAUACCGCUGCAUCGAAGAAAGAAUGUGCAGUCUACGCCUAACCUAUUGAACACUCAUGAUGCGGAAGCCACCCAUGGCCGAGAUCGAGGGGCAACGAUCAGCUUUGCAGAGUCUCGCGGUGACGACGCCAAAGGAGAGCAGCGAGACUUGCAUGGCGGCGCAGACGCAGCGUCUUCAGACGAGGCAGAGCUGAACCCGGUGGAAUGGAUUAUGAUCACGCGAAGUGACCCCGGCGGUGGGAUACCGCGCUUCCUUGUCGAACGAGGCACGCCAGAAGCCAUGCUGGGCGACGUAAAGAAGUUCCUAAACUGGGCCUGCUCACUGGACGAAGCACAGCUGGCACGUAUGCCUACGACUGAAGAUCUGGACGAUGAAGGCAAUACGGUGACACCAAGUACCGGAGCGCAACCGCCACGGCAAGAGACUUCGCUAUCCGUGGACAAUUUACCUAAUGGUCACACAGCUCCCCAAUCCAAGCCACCCAUGGAGCCGCCCCAUCGCCCCGCCAGCGCUCCACUUCCAGAGAAGGAGGGGGGCCAAGGAGGCAUGUUCGCCAACUUGCAGCAGGUUGUGGAGCAAGGCUUGGCGGCGUAUGCGCCACAAUCAAUAUCGCAACAACUGCAUGACUACCUGCACCCUACACACGCACCAGGUGCCGCUGCUCGCGGAGGUGCCGAAGAGGAUGAUGAUGAUGACGAGGACGAGGACGAUUCGGAUGACGACAGUUCAUCCGCGGGUAGCUUUAUCUCUGCGACGGAGACGCAUCGACACUCGAUGGCGAUGGAAGAGCAAUCUCGUCACCCAACCGGAUCCGGGGAGGACCUUAGCAUGGCCUCGAACUCAUCGCGAGAGAUCGCUGCAGCGGCCGAUGGUGGCAAGAAGCUCGACCGUCAUGACAAGGAAGUUCUCAAACUAAUGAAAGAGCGGCAAAAGCUCGACCGUAAACUCGCCAAGAAGCGCGCAGAGGAAGAGAAGAAGCUCCAGUCCGUCCGCGAAAAGGAAGUCUCGGAGCAAGACAAAGCGCGCGGUAAGCACGAGAAAGAAAUGCAAAAGGCGGAGGAGAAGCACCGGAAGGAGAUGGAGAAGCUGAUGAAGAAGCAAGAAUCCGAGGCGCGGAAAGCGGAGGAGAAGCGUCGGAAGAAGGAGGAGCAGAAUAAGCUCAACCUUGUGACGCGGGAGAGGGAUGAGUGCAGGACUCAGCUAGAUAGCUUUAAGCGCGAGAAUAAGUUGUUGUUGGAGCGGGUGGAGGAGUUGCAGAGGGAGAAUACGGUUAUGGCUAACAGGCUUGGCAAGAUGGCGCCUGAUGUGCUGAAAGGCGUGCGGGAGGAGGUGGAAGGAGGGAGAAAGAGGGCGGAUAGUGCGGGAAAGAGGAGCAUGGAGAGUGCGGCGAGCAGCACCAGGUCGUGAGUGAGCUGGGCGGCUGUUCAGAUGGCUAGCUAACUGGCGGACCGUGUGCGGUGCACAUCUAUAUAGAGCAUGACUGCAAGAAAGCUGUUUUGUAGCCUCAGGCCUGAGACUCGCGCGUUGCUGCCGCCCGUAGCACGGCUACUUUGUGGAGCCGACUACAUGUACGGAGCGUAAGAUCGCGGUUGCGGAUACUGUCCGCUAACAAGCGCCAUGAGGGAGCUACAGCGGUAUGUGUAAAGUAAAUCUUUACCGCUUCGUACCUUGAUGCAUCCGGCUUUUUCACCGUUUUGCAGGAGCAUUGAUGCUACGUUUGAGCCGCCGAGCGUGAGAGCGGCUUCAAGCGG